AUGGGCAUGAGUUACCGCCAAUACUUGCAGGGCGCCCGCAUUUACGGGUGUUCUAGCUGCAAGACACAUCUUGCCACCAUUCAUUCAAUGAUCUCUAGAGCUUUCAACGGGCAGCAUGGACGGGCAUACCUCUUCGAUACCGUAGUCAACGUGGUCGAAGGUGAACCCUCAGACCGCCAAAUGACUACAGGGAACCAUACCGUCCGAGAUAUCUACUGUGUUAAGUGUGGUACCACGCUCGGCUGGAAAUAUGAUCGAGCGUACGAGCCCACCCAAAGGUAUAAGGAGGGCAAGUACAUCCUCGAGCGCAAUCUUCUCACCGACGUCCAAUGA